AGUUCAGCUCCGCCAGAUGACAGAAUUCACUCGUUUUGCAAACAUGCCUUGGGAAGGCUAUCGUUUAGCCAAGUAAAUAGACAGUUUACCAGUCAGUUUGAUUUUUGCCUCUCAGUUUAGGGUAAUGAGUAAAAACAUGUACAUUUGCAGAGAAGUUCAUCACACAAAUGCAAUGGCUGACCACUCAGACUUGGUGCUGGAUGCAAAAACGCAUAAGUUAUAGUAACAAUAAUAAUAAUAAUAAUACGUUGUUAACUACCAAUCAUUUCCAGUGGAUUUGCUAGACAGUAUAACCACCUAAAGGCAUUAAUAGAAGGCAUAGUAUUCAUAUAAAUUUGUGUCUUAAGAUUUAAGGAACAAUUUCCUGAGAGAGGGCUAGCAUCAAGGGAUCCAAAUUCCUUCAAUCACACUGUAAUAAACUACUAGUUUCUUAUACUAUUCUAUGCACUUAUCACAGAUGUGUACAUACAGUAGGCUAUAGCCAAUAGCUCAGUGUGACACCGUGGUGAGGUCCUUUGGUAGCGAUGGUGUUAAAUAAAGGAUUUCCUGACUCCACCUUUUAUGUAAAUGUCACUUGGAGGCUUGUACCUCUGAGCUAAGCAGUGAAUGAGGAGCGGACCGCCCGUAAACGCGCCGCCAAGGAGGAGUGUUGGACUGUUUACAUUUAUCGGAGGACGACCGAGACCUUCGGAUGAGCGAAAAUGCUGUCGGCAUGGGAUUGUAACAGGACCGAUGCGAGUAUCUGACAAGACAAAAGCGGUCAAAAGGGAAACCGAGCGGCGUUGAGCUAUGGGAGGCCAGAUAACCCGAAAUGCCUUGUACGACUCCUUUAGCGGUCCCUUCCCGCCGACGGCGCACCGGUGCCACCACAAGUCCAAGCGCUGCCUGCCGCUUCACCAGUGCGGUGGGGCGGUGCCGGCGCUGCCCGUCAGCCCGCUGCUCUUCCACCCCAGCGCCAAGGGCUCGCAGAUCCUCAUGGACCUGGCACAGAGGGCCGUCAAGCGCCAGGCCAGCUUCUGCAACGCCAUCACCUUCAGCAACCGGCCCAUAGGGCUCUACGAGCAGGUCCGCCUCAAGAUCACCAAGAAGCAGAGCUGCUGGAGCGGAGCUCUGCGUCUGGGCUUCACCUCCAAAGAUCCGUCGCGCAUUAACCCGGACAGCCUGCCCAAGUACGCCUGCCCGGACCUGGUGUCGCAGAGCGGCUUCUGGGCCAAGGCGCUGCCCGAGGAGUUCGCCAACGAGGGCAGCGUCAUCGCCUUCUGGGUGGACAAGAAGGGCCGCGUCUUCUACCGCAUCAACGAGUCCAGCCCCAUGCUGUUCUUCAGCGGGGUGCGCACCACUGAGCCACUCUGGGCCCUCAUUGACGUCUAUGGUCUCACCCGCGGGGUGCAGCUGCUGGAGAGCGAGAUCGUUCCUCCGGACUGUCUGCGUCCUCGUUCCUUCACCACAGCCCGUGGCUCCUCCUUGCGCCGCGAGGCCGACGAGUCUCGCCUGUCCGUCAGCCUGUGCGACCUCAACCUCCAGCAGGACGACAGUGGCGGAGGAGGAGGAGGCCGCGGAGGAGGCGGGGGCAGCAGCGGCACCUUGGGAAGGGGUGUCGGGGGCGGCAGCCUGGGCGGGGGCCACGGCAACAACCACCAGCACCACCACCACCUGCGCCUGGCGCCACCCGCGCCCGUGCCCUGCCCCAUCCCGCAGAACUCGCUGAACUCACAGCAGUCGCACCUGCUGCCCCAGGCACUGGAGGGCGAGUUGCGUUUCCACCAGCUGCGGGCCGCCAACGUGCGGACGGUGGACGACGGACAGACGGUGGCGCUGCUACGCUCGGAACAUUCCGGAAGCACAAGCAGCAGUGGCGGAGGUGGCAGCAGCAGUGGAAAUGCUGGAGGAGGAGGAAGUGGGGCGGGAGGAAGCAGGGAACGAUGCGAAGAGCGGGCACUGGUCUUCACCGAGCGGCCCCUUCGCCCGGGCGAGACCGUCUUUGUCAAGGUGACCAAGUCCAGCCCAUCACGCUCCGGCGCGCUAGCCUACGGCGUGACCUCGUGCGACCCGGCCACGCUACGCCCCAGCGACCUGCCGGGAAACCCAGAGGCGCUCGUCGAUCGCAAGGAGUUCUGGGCCGUGUGCCGCGUGCCGCAGCCGCUGCAGAGCGGCGACAUCCUGGGCUUCCUGGUGACGCCUGAGGGGGAAGUGGUGCUCAGUCACAACGGCACCAGCGCCGGCAUGCAGGUGUGCGUGGACAACUCGCGGCCCCUCUGGAUGUUCUUCGGCCUGCACGGAGCCAUCUCUCAGCUCAGGCUACUGGGCUCCACUCACGCUGGGGACCCGCGGGGCCCGUCCAGCCCCGGCUCCCCCUCCUCAUCCCCUCAGACUCCCAUGGGCCUGUGCAGCAGCAGUUCGGAGAACGCGGCCAACGGAGGAUGUUCCGGAGCUUUCUGCCACUCCGCUGGAGGAACCACCCCCAGCUCGCCCAUCAGCCUCCCCAAGUCGCCCACCUUCCCAUCAGCCUCGGCGGUGGGCUCGUGGCAGGACGAGUGCUCCAUCUGCUACGAGAACAUGGUGGACACGGUGAUCUACGCGUGUGGCCACAUGUGCCUGUGCCACACCUGCGGCCUACGGCUCAAGCGCAUGGCCAACGCCUGCUGCCCCAUCUGCAGAAGGCCCAUUAAAGACAUCAUCAAGACCUACCGCAGCACAUAGGACUGGAAAAAAAGACUACAAUUCCCAUAAUGCAACAUGGGAUUCGUAUGAUCUAGCCCACCCGCCCACCCCUGGUUAAACAGACUGACUGAUGACGCAUGACGCUGAUCCUCCGAGUGACCAACUCAGCAGCACCAUCACAAGUACCACGUCUGCGUCGGAGUUCAUUUAAGCUACCACUAACUUCACAAUGUGGUUUUGAUAUUUGGUUUUCUUUUCCGUUUUGUUUUUCCUCUCUUUUGCAAACAAUUCAGGGAUUUUUGACAACCUGCGGGUAUCGAUUGGGUAUUUCCCUUGGCCAUGGGUUUGUGAAGGAGGUAUGUUUGUUUUGUUUUUGGUUUAUUUGUGUGUUUUGUUAUCAUCUUUUUCAAGGACAGUACAUUUCAAGUACAUUGGAAAGGAGGCGGUGGUGCCCAUCCGUGAUCUACACUCAGGAGAGGCCAGGGGUCCAGACUGUUGAACUAAAACUUUCCGUAGAGUGAAAGCAAAAAGAACAACAACUAAAAACAGUGUGUAUAAUCUCAAGAUAUUCAGGUUCAAGUGUCUGACGUUUCGGAGAGGCAAAACAAUAUUUCAUUUUCUAUUUGAGCCAUUGGAGACUGGAGAAGGGUCAUUGGAGAAGGGUCUCUUAAUUUGUCAAAAGAAUGAAUUGAUUUUGUUUCUUGUUUCCAAUUUGUCCUUUAAAACCAGUUCCAAUGAUAUGUGUAUAUACACAUAGAUGUACACACACAGAUGUAUAUUCAGAUGCAUAUACACAUGUAUAUUUCCCACCCGUAUGGCACGUAUAGGUUCAUCUGAUGCAGUAUCUUUCCCCCCCUCUGGUUGGGACUGCCCAGACCCCUGCGACUUGGAUGAUGAUGGCCCGCCCUGAUUGAUUCGACCGUGUAGAGAUAUCCGGCUCGCAGAGCUGUUUAUUGGCGACGUGUUCCUCGUAAUGUUUAAACAUAGACAUUGGUGAGCGCAUAUAGCCGGUGUCGGCUGGUGGUGGAAGAAAGGUUGUUUCAUUCGACAACGCCCCAAAUUAAAAGCCUACUCACCCUCCUUUGUCAACAAUGCUCUGGGAAGUGAUGGGUUGACAUUUCGAAUAAUGCUUUUAACCUAUUUGUUUGGGGGAUUUCUUUGUCGUCUUUUUUUUUUUUUUUUUAAAUGGCUCCCCUCACUCACUCAAGCACUCAUGUCGAGGAAAUCUCCAUGGUUACGAGCACAGAACAGAGUGCAGAGAGAAAAAAAAGCCUUGUGGCCUGAAAAGGAUUGAAAAAGGGUUCAUUUGUUGUGAGUGGAUAUUUGAUUAUCAGAAAGGGGUGGAUAAUCCAUAUUUCACCACUUUCCCCCUUUAUCCCAAACAAAAUAUGCUGUGUGUUGUAGCAUAAUAGACAAGGGUCUGAAGGGAUGAAACAUAAAGCUCUGGAAAAUUGACUACUGAGAGGAAAAGGGCUUUCAACAGUGAAAGAGAGAGAGAGAGAGAGGGAAAGAGAGAGAGAGAGAGAGAGGGAUAAAAGUCACAAGUCACCUUAUUAAAACCAGAUUAUUUCCAUGCUAGUCUCAAGAACAAGGAGGAGUAGGGGGUGAAUCAAGGGUCCAUUGCAUCAGGUCCCUGAAUCAGGCUUAGUCACCUUCUCAUCAACCUUUAUCCAAGACCAGAUUACCUUCUUGAGAACGACUUGGGAAUUCUCAGAGGCUAAUUACAAAAGGAACAACAAAAACCCUUAAUGGGUUGCCAAGUGUGUGCAUUUGUGUGAAUGUGUGUGUGUGUGUGUGUGUGUGUGUACAAGGUCUUAUGGGUCAGAAUAAGGAGAGCACAGCUUUGACCUUUUAAAACCCUCACAUGGAAAAAGACGACGACACAAUUGGUUGUAAUUUCCAGUGAGGUCAUCAUAGUGUCAUCAUGACAAUGGGCCUCAUGUUGAUUGGUUGACUUUGGGAUUUGAUGCGGCUGUGUUUUGGGUGGCCCAACAGGGAUGGAGGUUUAUAAUACAUGUAUUUUUGUUGAUUUUCAUGGACUCUGACUGGACUUAAAGCCACAUUUGAAAGAUCCACACCCAACCAUGUCCAUCUCCUUUUCCACUUUGGCACAGGACGGACCACCGAAAGAACUUUCAUGUAGUACAUGGACAAGGCUGAAGCACCAUGUUCUUAGCCAUGGGGGUCUCUCUUUCAGAGCUGUUUUUCCCCCGAAAGCCUGGUUGUGCUUUGGCCAUCACUAAAUGAUAGAGACACUACGAGUCUGAACUCUCUCUACGAUAUGCCACGGCACAACAACGCUUUUUGGAAACAUCUUCGCAAUCCGGUGGCAUUAUGAAUUGUGACCCCCCCCCCCCCCGAUCCCCCACCACCACCACCAGACACACACAACCUUUUCACACUUGGGUAUGAAAAAAAUAAAUAGAAAAAUCAUCCCAUACAGUUACGUUUGGUCGUCUGACGUUUCAAUGCAGUACAAAGCCAUCAAGCCCAGGAGAGUAUGGAGACAAUACAGCCAUAUAUACUUCUCUUCUUACUGUGGACUCAAACAGUGAACGGCUUUCUCUGAUGUUAAAUACGUACCAUCGCUGGGCUUGCAUCCAUGCUGCUAUGGCGUUUGCCAAGUCCCGAUUAUGGCAAACGCUAUCAAAAUGGACAUCAUAAUGUACACUCUGUGUUUCAAGAUAUACGCUUUUUAAUUUUAUUUGCUCGAAGUGUUCAUUCACUUUUGAAUGUUAAUUUAUGUUGUUUUUUUUAUAUAUAUAUAUAUAUAGAUAUAGAUAUAUAGAGAGAAAAACAGGUGAACACGUAGACUCUUAGCAGUAGCGGUGUGUUUGCCUAGCUUGUUGACAUUUGCAACUCUUUGGCUGAUAAUCAUGAUUGUAUUUGUUUGUUUAUCGGUUCACUGGAGCCUCCGAAUUACUUUUUUUCUCUAAUCCUGGAUGAUACCCCCAAGGUGCUCCUGAGGGUAAAUGAAGAAAUGCCAUCUUGUACCCCACAGCAAUACUUUUGCCGUUUAUCUACUGGGCUUUGCAGUAAAUUCAAUCACUAAUUCAUUGCACUGGGAAAGAGAUUAGCACAAAACAUUUGAUAAUGUACAAUCCCUCAGUUUCAGGUGGGGGGUUUGAUUUUUUUGUCCGUUUUUUUUUGUUGUAAUUCUUCUUCUCAUUUUUGUUCAAUCGCGUAUUUGUGUGUGUGUGUGUGUGUGUGUGUGUGUGUGUGUGUGUGUGUCUUUGUAUGUGUGUGCAUACACUCCAGCCCAGCAGUGAAGGGCUACAUGAGUGUAUACAAAUGUUUGAUGUCACUUUAUGAAGCUCCUCAUUGAUUGUACUUUUGUAAACCACUUUCUGGGUUUGAUACGGUUCAUGUCGUCACCUGUUUGUUUAUUUUUUUUUGACUGAUUCUAUGACCAAAUGUUAUUCUUAUUAUAUAAAUGUGUUCAAAUCCUGACCCUAAAUUUAUAUACAGUAAUUUAUGCUUAACGUUAGUAAUGUAGUAACGCUGUGAAAUAGGAUUAUUUAUAUUGUUUCGCAUUGCUUUCCUGUUUCUUCGAGAGUCUUUUUGAGGUCAUAUUAGAAACUAUUUAGGUUUAGUCUGAAUUGUGCGAUCUCGGAAGCUGAGAAGAACUCAUUUUAAGGUCCUGAUUUACUCAAGUCUCAAUAUAAGCCUCUUUAUCGCAAGGUAAUGAAUUUAUUUUUGAAACUAAUGACAAAGGUAAUUAUGAUGAAUAUAAUUGGAGAUAGUGUGCAUUAAUCAUGACUGUAUUUGCAUACAUAAGUAUUUUUUUAUUAUUAUUAUUAUUACUAUUCUCGAUGCUUUGGUAAAUCAGGACCUAAUUACAGACUGAAGACCCUGCCUUUUGUGGGAGUGCAGUCAGCCACAGUGCAGUCGCUCUAUGCUGGUUUAUCUCAUGCUGCUCUCAGAUUCUCUCUGAUUGUGGUCGACCCUGUAAUGUACUUCAUUUGUGUAACAUUGAUGUGUGUGUGUGUGUGUGUGUGUAUGACAGACUGUCUGAGGUAUGUUAGCGGUACACCUGAUUUGACCCCCUUUCUAUUGUCCCCAGAUUUGAUUUGAUUUUCUUGUUGUUUUUUUUUUCUUUUAUGUUUUAUUACUGUUCCCUCGUGUGAGGCUCUACAUAAACGGAUACUCAAACAUCUCAGCGAGCACUCACUUCUCUAAAUAAGCCUUUCAAAGACUAGAGCUUUCACUUGUUCCCCUCCUUUUUUUUUCAUUAUUUUUCCACUUCUCUCUCCCCCCCCC